CAGAGGACGGUUUGGGAACUGAUAAGCCAUUUUGAAGUGGGAAUUCGUGGAUGUGGCACCAUACAACACCAGGCGUGAUGUGUAUCUCAGUAUUGAAGCAACACGUGGAAGGCAGAAGGGAUGCCAUCAUUCGCUGCCUGAUGGAGAACCUUGGAGAGUCUGGAGAGGAACUCAUCAAAGACUAUCAAGAUGUUAGCGAAGAAGCUAUCGGAGAGGAGUAUAAUGGGCAUGUCAUGAAGAUCUUUGUCCUCCGUGGAAGUUCAGCAGAGGAGGACCACACCCCUGCAGAUGUGUCCAUCAUCAUCGAGGGAACUGAGGUGCUUGAUGAUUGCAGAUAUGUGGCAAAGGCUUGCCUUCUUUGUCUAUGCAAUGAACUUAAGUUACCCACCAAAGAUGAAAUACACAUUCGAAGUGUUUCAGAAGCUCUUUCUGGAGCUGGAUGUCCUGAAGAUCUCUCCCAAAGUACAGUCUCUACGCAACACUGUCAGGGCCCCUCCUCCCUGAGCUGUCUCCCCUUCCCUUUUGUGUGUCUCCCUUGCCUCUGCCCCUUUUGUGUCUGUGUUGUUUGUAUCCGUCAGUCUCUUUUUGUCCCUCAGUGCCCUGAAUCCCCACUUCCAGUGAAGGCACCCCGGCACCAAGGCUGCUGCAAUCACUGCUCAUCUACCACACCUGUUCCAGUCCACGCACCUGGGGCUGAUUGCCACUCUCCCUAUAUUAGGGAGAGGUCUGCCUUCAGUCCCUGCCAGAUAAUUGUUUCAGCCACGUAAAUAUCUC